AUGUCGGGGACCACCCAAACUUCAUCAUCCACCACCGGUCGGGAUUCGCGGCCGACUUACGCGCGGCGAUAUGGUCGAAAAUAUCUCGAGCUUGACGAUCUUCAGGAUUCUAGCGUGUGCCACCGCAAAGUCGGCAAAGCACGCGCUGACUGCCGACUUCGUACGUCCCAGUCGAAAUGGGGAUGCUUGGGCGAGGCAUCGAGACCUGCGGGCAUUGUUUACAUGGAUCUCUCGUUCGACCAGCCCGCAGACUGUAGGCUACUGAGUGCCACAGUCAAAAUCACUUUGCAAGGCACCCCCCAGCACCAGCCAGAUCCAAAUAAGCCUGUCCGCCUCCAUCUGACCGAUCACUACGGGCCAAAAUAUCUCAGCGGAGAACCAAAGAAUGUGGUCAAGAAAAGGAUAUUGCACCUUGCGCCUCAAGUCAAUGUACUCGGAAACGGCGGCGGUGGUAUCGGUGUCGAUAGCGAGAAAUCGAUUACUUAUGAUAGCCGUUGGACAUUCACAGGUAACCUGCGCCCUGCGCAAAAGACCGGUUCAGAAUAUCGUACCAUAAAGUGGGAGCUACGCGAGGAGGACCCUGAGUUUCAAUCAAUUCAUAGCAAUAUGAUCCACACUGCCUUUGCUUUCCAGCAUGAGGGGAGGCCCUUCUUCAUGCGGGUUCAGAUUAAAGGAAAGCUACAGAAGGGCAGGGACCGCUUCAAAGAAAAGGUCCGUCAGUUGAGAUUCCCAUCCCGUCAGGAAAUUGACGAGGGAUCCAGUGAUAUUCUGGUGUAUCCAAAUGUUGUGACGCAGCCUUCAGGCCCUCGUCUAGAUCGUCUUGUACAGGAUCUUCCCAUGGUUAUGGAAAGAGAGAAUUGCCUUCGCAUUCCGGUGCAGAUCCCUGCCGCAUUGCCGAUAUCGUUCGCAGAGAGUAAUGAGAACACCCCCGACACUGCACAGAGCAUGCUUGAAGACUCAUGUAUCGGGAGUCUACCGGGCCUUUUGCCCAAUCCAGGGGAUUCCGGGCACCACACCGAGACAGCGCAGUCAUCCGGCUCCAACUCGGUUUCUUCCUCGGAAACAUUGGUGGAUGUUGGGGAGUCCUGCGACGCAGGUGAUCCAGUAGACGCGUGCAUUUCGAAGCUUGGGCAUGCUGUGCACACUUUUCGAACACCACAAGCUGUUGACCAAGAAGGAUUACAGGCAUCCAGGAUUGUACUGCACGCAAACUCCAGUUUGGUGGCUCCAGCGAAAGCGAACGGAGCAGCCGGACCAAGGAAUGGCAAAGAGAGUGAAAAUACAGAAGGCCCUGAAAAGGUGCUGGUGCUUUUAUUGCGCUAUCCGUCAUUGAUAACCUUUAUCCAGAUCCUGGCUGCUCUCCUGGAUUUCUUUGGGAUGAGAACAACGUCCACACGGUUAUCGGGUUGA